AGCAGCGGGAUAGUAGCGCAUCCACAUGUGUCCUCUGAGAAUGGGAAGUCAUUCUGGAACACAGCUCUUCCCACGCCCCGGGCCCACACACCCAGCCCCACUCCGUAAAAGGAGCCCUGCUGCCUGCCCACCCACCUUUCUGGCUUGCAGUACGCUUGGCAGACAUGAGGCAACGGUUGCUCCUGUCCUUUGCCAGCCUUCUCCUUGUGGCCCUGCUGUUUCCAGGAUCGUCCCAAGCCAGAUAUGCUGACCACUUAGCCACGGCAGCUCCCAGAGAACUCGGGGAAGGAGCCCCUGGGCAAGGCAGAAACGGGUCUCAGCUGUCACACCACCCAAUGAAACGCGAACUCUUACCACCGCGCACCCCACCUUACCAAGCGGAUGUUCCACCUGGAAUUAGAAAUACCAUCUGCCUUAUGCAGCAAGGGACCUGCAGACUUUUUUUCUGCCAUUCUGGGACAGGCCAGCAGCAUGGACAGUGCUGUGGGUAAGGAGAGUAGAGCCCUUCUCUUCCUGCCUCCUGUCUUCUGGAGUCGUGACCGCAGGGUGGCCCAGGCGGAUGGGCCUCAGGGCCCAGCAGCAGCUCUCUACAGCGGGAGAGCCAGGGCCUUGCCACACGGUCCAGGGUUCGAAGCCUGGGCUGCCUCCCUGCUGUACUCCAUGGACGGCCUUCCCCGGGCUCCAUGUAAGAGAAUGGAAUGUGAUCCUAAGUUUGACGAUAAAUAGAAAGUAGUGAUUGCAUCUACCCCA